AUGAGCACCUCUGAACCUCACGUGUUCCCUCUGGGACACGAGGCUAAACACGCAAUAACUGCAAGUCUGGUCCUCAUGGGAGUCGCCAUUUCCUUGCUGUUUACUCGCUUCUAUACUCGACGCCAUCUCAUUGACGCUGUGCAGUCGAGCGACUACAUGGUUUUGCUUGCUUCAAUGUUCGCUGUGACUUUUGUCGGAAUCUUUAUUGCUGCCGUCAUAUAUGGCGUGGGUAUGCACGAAUCAGAAAUCGAUCCAUUAGAUCGUAUCCAACAAAAGAAACUCUACUGGCUCAGCACCCCAUUCUACAACGCCAGCAUGGUCACCGCCAAAGCCUCAAUCAUCAUCCAAUAUUUCCACGUCUUCCCAACCAAGAAGAUGCGCAUCUUUUGCUGGAUCAUGGUCGUCGUUAUUGCCAUACACGGUACCUGGGUUAUUCUGAGCGCGUUCUUGAACUGUAUCCCAGUGGCACAUUUCUGGGACCCAGCCGUUCCAGGUCAUUGCCUCGCAUACAAGCCGCUUUGGUACUCAAACGCGGCAUUGAAUAUCAUGACAGACAUGACGAUCUUGUUCAUGCCUAUUCCAGCUUUGGUGCCAUUGGAUUUGCCCCUGAGACAGAAGGUUGCGUGUUGCUGUAUCUUUGCUCUGGGAGGCUUCGUCUGUAUCACGAGCAUUUGCCGUCUCCUUAGUCUAAAGACACUCUUCAACUCUCACGACCGUUCUUAUCACAACCUAGCCGUCUUAAUGUGGUCCGCCAUCGAAUGCAACACAGGAGUAAUCUGCGCAUGCCUACCCACGCUCCGUCCGGCCCUCACCCGCCUCUGGCUUGCACUAGCUUCAAUCUUCGUUCCCGGCCAUCGACGCGGCCGCUCCAGUUCCGAUACUAUAACAUCUUUCUACGGCCGUAGUGACGAAAGUGCUGCUAUACCAAUCGUCCAUGAAACACUCAUCUCCCCUAGAGAGCUUGACUCGAACCGCGGAUCUGUCGCUACAGCCAAACCUGGAAGCAGCGCUGGUGGCAGCAGUAUGCAGCAGGCCCCUCCGAAUGUUAGGAUGAUACCGACGCCGGGGAAUGGGUUUGCACAGGAUCUGGCGCGGAAAGGCUCCUUUUUUGAGCAGCAGCAGCGUCCUAAUAGUUACGUAUGA